CUGAAUUCUACCCGUCGCUUCCUCUUGUAAUGCCGCGAUAAUAAGACCGGCCAUUCACUACCUAUGGCACCCUUUGCCUUCCCUGCCCUCCCCUCUCUACGACACCAUUUUUCUUUGCGCAUCCUCGAGCGCUGAUCGCUAAACGCCAGCCAGCGACACUCCGCAAAGCUCCCAGCCGCAUUCACCUCCGCGGGUAAACACCAUCCCCGUCUAACGGCCACUACCUCGAGCCUGCAAUGGCGACCUCCCCGGCGGCAGCUCCGUCCAAGGGCAUUACGCGACGCUUCCAUGGCUGCUCCAAAAUCGGCGAUUACAGGAUUAUGCAGAAGCUUGGUGAGGGUACCUUUGGAGAAGUCCACAAGGCUCAACACAAUCGCACCAGUCAGAUCGUCGCUUUGAAAAAGAUCCUCAUGCACAACGAGAAGGAUGGGUUUCCAAUUACCGCACUCCGCGAGAUCAAGCUUCUCAAGAUGCUUUCGCAUCACAAUGUUCUGAAGCUGGAAGAGAUGGCUAUUGAGCGGCCAAAGGGCGAGGGCAGGAAACGCGCAAUUCUGUACAUGGUCACACCGUACAUGGAUCAUGACCUCUCGGGUCUCCUUGAUAAUCCAGACGUCUCUUUCACCGAAGGCCAAAUCAAAUGCUACAUGCUGCAGCUGUUCAAGGGGCUCCGCUAUCUGCACGACAACCAUAUCCUGCAUCGAGAUAUGAAGGCGGCGAAUCUUCUCAUCAACAACCGAGGUCGACUCCAGAUUGCUGAUUUUGGUCUUGCACGACACUACGACGAGCCUGUCCCUCAGCGUGGUCGAGGCAAUGGCGAAGCCCGACGAGACUACACGACGCUGGUCGUGACCCGCUGGUACCGCCCUCCAGAACUGCUCCUCCAACUCCGACGAUAUACGCCAGCGAUUGACAUGUGGGGUGCUGGCUGUGUCUUUGGUGAGAUGUUCAAGCGGAAGCCGAUCCUCGCAGGUACUAGCGAUCUCAACCAGGCUCAAAUCAUCUUUGAGCUAGUCGGUUCUCCAACCGAUGAAUCAAUGCCCGGAUGGAGGCAACUUCCAGGAUACGAUGGAGUCAAAAACUUUGGCACUUGCCCCGGCAAUUUAUCGGAGACGUUCCGCGACCUCACCCCGUCGGGUCGAUAUCUUCUCAAACAGCUUCUAAUGCUUGAUUGGACGAAGCGCAUCAACGCAAUUGAUGCUAUUGACCAUCCAUACUUCAAAGAAGAUCCGAAACCAAUGCGCGAGGAGGACAUUCCCACAUUCCAGGAUUCGCACGAGCUCGACCGACGAAAUGCCCGAGGCCACAAGCAACCUUUACCCCCUGCUCCGGCUGGCGGCACUGUUGGGAUGGGUCCCAGUGAUGGAUGGACUGGCUCAGGACCGCCACCAACCGGUGGUCCUUGGAUGAAUGGCGACCGUCCCCGACACGGUCUGCAAGAUAGAGGUCCCCCCGGGGCUGGCCCACAGUACCGUGGAGGAGGUUAUGACCGCCGAAAUGGCCCACCCUAUGGUGAUCACCGACCACCUCCCCCGCCACCGCCGCCCCGCCAUCAGCCACACUGGGGCGGAGGCAGAGAGCACAAUAACAGCCAGGGUCCACCAUAUGAAGCCCCUCCUCGACAUGGCACUCUGCCCGCACCACCGGGUGAAGGCCGUCAUCCUCUCCCACACCCACCGCGAUAUGGACCUGGCCAAGAGCGUGCUCCUCGUGGCGGAAAUAUUGACACAUACAUACCGAGCUACGGCGACGAGGGGCCGAGACGUGCACCUGCAGCAGAUCGCCGCUCACGAGACCCAGAUGAUCGACCCCGUGAUGGUCGACGCGGCUCUCGAGACUCGGGCCAUUCUCGAGAGGACAACCGCUCGGACCGCACUAGGAGCUUCAGAGACAGGGACCGGCCGGGCGACACAAGAGACUUCGGACGCGGCGACCGACGAGAACCCCGGAGCCGUUCAAGGAGCCCCGACCGUCGCGAGAGAGACAGGAUCCGAGAUCGCGAACGCGAUCGUGACAUCUACAGGCGUUGAAAAGCUGGCAUGAUAUCUUCUUUUUUUACCAAAGAUUUCUUGAUGUGGCGCACCAGGGCGAAAUAACGUCAUGACCGAGAAAACAGACUGGUUGGGCUUGUCAUCCACAUGAUGGCGUCAGCAGGAAUACGAGAACGGGUGGGGUGGAGUUUUCUGGCGCUGGAAACACAUGUGAGCAUUUACACGGCGCAUGCUAGGGAUGGAGCCUUGUGUUCAGAACACAUGAGUGACCCGUCUAUUUCGAGAUGGUGUCGGCUUUAGCGUAAGACUUAGGUAUAGCAAAUUCUAUUGCUUUAAUUUUUA